GACUCAGACAACCGGAAAUUAGCUGAAUAUUUUGUUGUUUCCCACCAGCCGCACAUUUUCCACAUAGCAAAACACGAAGAGACAAGUCGCCGCUCUCUCUCUCUCUCUCUCUCUCUCUCUCUCUCUCUCUCUGGACACAACAAGCUUUCAUUUCCAUGGACAAACUCAGGAAGUUAAAGCGAAGAAUGUGAAGAUAUUAAAACGAUGUGCUCCACGGGAACCAACGCGGAGGUACAAAAGACAUCGUCCGACCCGGCUCUGGUCCUGGAGCUGAAGACCAGGCGUCCUCCGUCCUUAGAGGGCCGGGCGGGAUGUGAGACCUGGAGCGUGGACUUCUCCCCGGACGGAGCCUGGUUCGCCUGGUCGAUGGGACACGGCAUCGUCUGGGUGGUCGCCUGGCCUCUCGACUCCGAAGACAGUCAGAAUGGAGAGACAGACCGAGGAGACAAGAGCUUCAGUUGUGGUCUUCCAGUUUGGGGCCUCGCCUUUGGACCCAGACCUCCAAAAUCACCUGCAGGGGCACGCCCAGCUAGGACAUCAUCAUCAAAAGGGAACAACAGCCUGCUUCUGGCCACAGGCUUGGAGAACGGGGUGAUCAAAAUCUGGAACGUGUUAACAGGUGAUGCUGUAUUUGAUCUCCAUGGCCAUGAGGGCGUUGUGAGGGACCUGGUCUUCCCUCAGAACGGGACGCUCACACUCAUAUCAUCUUCUCGGGACAAGACUUUGAUUAUUUGGGACCUGGCUCACAAAGGUAAAAAGGUGCAGGUGCUUUCUGGCCAUAAAGACUGGAUCAGCUGCUGCUGCGUAUCAUCAGACUGCAGCAUGAUCGCGUCUGUCGGCAGAUUUGACAGAAUGGUGUGUCUGUGGAGUCUGCGGUCAUAUACGUUCAUCAGGAACCUGGCAGGAGGGACCCACAAGACCUUGUACCUCCUGUCUUCCUGUGACUUCUCUCCCGACGGGGCGGUGCUUGCCACCGCGGCCUUCAGUGGCUCCAGCUGGUGGAUCGACCUCUGGGACCCGUACACUGCAGAGAAACUGGCCACUCUGGUUGACUAUUUUGAAGAUUACGGGCAAAACCAAAUCUCAGCAAUACAGUUCUCUCCCAACGGUUUGCACUUGGCAAUGGUGACCGACGACAGAGCUCUUCGGAUCUGGGAGCCGGGACAGAAAGGGAUGGUGAUGCAGACGAAAGUGGACCGAGACUCUAAUGGACUCUGCUGCAAAUACCAUCCAAAAGGGGGAGUGGUUGCCACAGGAACCAGAGACGGCCACGUGAGGUUCUGGAGGGCGCCCAGGACGGUGCCCAGCCUGUGCCACCUGUGCCGAUCCAUCCUGCGCCACUCGGUCUCCACGCACCAGAUGGAGCCGCUGCCCCUCCCCAAGAGGAUCCUGGAGUACCUCACCUACAGGAACAUCCCUGAACGCCUCAAGACCUGCUGCUCCUCAGACGACGAGGAGUGGGAAGGUUAAAUAUGAACACAAUGCAACAACUGAUAUUUACAGCGAGUGAUUGUCACGCAUUACAAUAAUUAUGUUUGCCGAUUGAGAUGUUUUCAAAGCUUGAUUUAGCACCGGGAACAUCUUAUUGUAAUCUACUUUAGAUACAGCAUUCCUACAUUAAGGGUUUCAUUUAUUGCACUACUGUAAGACGAUGCAUAUAAAGUUAAUGUUCACAUGCUUAUAUGACUUGAAUAUCACAAUUUUAUACUAUUAAUUUAUUGUGUAAAUAUAAAAUGUAUAUGUAUUUCUAAUUUCUGUUUAUCACAAAACAGCACAAGCACUAGUACUGUACUGUACUUGCACAUAUUCAUUGUUAAUAUAAGAUAACAAACUGGACUUACAAGAAAUAGUUUUAUUAAACAGAUUCCAACACAA